ACGAAAUAUAAUGGCCAAUGUGCAGUUUUGGACAGUAGUAUCAAUCUUAAUUAAUUAGAUUACUGAUUUGGCUUGAUGUUCUUUAAUUUGUUAUUUUCUACUAUUUUCUGCAUGUGUGAGACUGAUUACUUUGCCCCUUUGUCGCUUUUCUAUGGAUAUUUUGUUUAAAUUCAUUGAGCUGUUUACUGAACUAGAAUCUUCUCAAUUAUUUAUUCUAAAGCUUUCUUCUCAUUAUAAUGUUAGUUCAUUUACGUGAUUAUUGUUCUCUUGUGUUGCUCAGUUGGUAAUAAUGGUAGAUUUAAAAUACCUCUAUUUGCUAAAUAAUUAGGUAAAAUUAUGUGAAGCUUUUUUAGCAUGUUUUGUUACACGAGUUAACUUUGGAAAGAAAUUUGAAUAUAGGGUGACAGAGCUCUUCCCUCAAAUUUUGUUUCAACUCAUGGGGAAGGAUUAGGGCCAAUAUUGUAUGUCAUUGAUGAGUUAGAUAAUUGUUUAUCGCUGGAGGUGAUCAGAAAAAAUGAUCAGUUGCUCAUAACUGAGUACUCAUUUGAACUGAUUAGAACUUUCUAUCUUAUCGAUAGACCGGCAUCUGUUCAAUUUAGGUAUGUUGGUUUUGGAAUUUUUUUAUUUCAUUGUUCGAUAAGGACAACCAACCCAUCCAACUUCACGUUGAUCCUGACUGCUAUGUUCCUGAGCUAAUGGACCUAGAGACACUUGAUAAUGUAUCAAGAGUCUUCCACAUAAAGUAUACCAGGAUGGAAGAGGACUCAUCAGCUGAUGUGAUUGUUCUAUCUGGGUCUGAACCAUCAGAUGAUCAGUUUUCAUCGGAUGGUGAUGAAGACAAUGAUCAAGAUGGGCCACUGGUGGGGGAUAAUCCACAUAAUCCCAUAGAUUUGUCUAGUGGCAGCAGUUUAUCAUUGGAAGUUGAUGAACACAUUAACGCGUCAAAUGAAUUGGCUGAUCCUAGAUAUGCUCCAGAGGUUUCUUAUGAAAAGAAGAUCACAGCUUCGGAUCUUGGACAAUCUAGAUUGGUAACUUGAUCUUAAAGAGUGUUUUCUUUUUUUUCUGCAAACUUAGUGGAUGUUCUUCCUAAAUCUGUUAUUCAUUGUGUAUGAAAAUAUUAUGUUUAUGUUAACUAUGAAUUAUUCGUUGCAGUAUUUGGCUUCAAAAUUUGCUGUGUAUCUUAAACCAUCUGGAGAUGGUUCGAUUUGGACGAUCACUGGUCCAGAUUCCAAUGUAGAGAAAAAUGUGUUCUUUUUUCACUUACUGAAUAGUGGAGGAAGAGGUACAGAAUGGAAAUUUGGGGUCGGGUGGAGUGAAUGUUGUAGUACAUACAAUUUAAAGGAGGGUGAUAGCAUUACUUUGAAACUCAGCUCGAUAGCUAACCACCAGAUAGAGUUAUCGAUUCAGCGACGUUAGGCCUCCUAUGUAUAACUCUAUUUGAUGGAUAUUUUGAAUUAUAUGUUAAGUUAUCUUGGACAUAUUUUAUUUUUUGUUUAAUGAACAAAUUUAUAUAUGUUGUAUAUAUUUUGUUUUGCUAA